ACCCAACCUGCCCCUUUGCUUCCAAGGCCUUGGGCAUCAAAAAAGCUUUCCUUCAUGGCUUUGAUUCCUUCAAACAGCUCAAACAUGUCCAUGCUUUUCUUCUUCGCCUCGGCCUCGACCAAGAUAACUAUCUGUUAAACAUGCUCUUGAAAUCCGCCUUCCAUUUCAAUAGUAAAACUUACGCUAAACUUAUUUUUAAGCAAACCAAGAACCGAAUAUCUUUCUGUAUAAUACCAUGAUACGAGGGUUCGUUUCCAACGAUUGUUUCGUUGAGGCCACCGAGUUUUUCCGUCUAAUGCGUAAAGAAGAUUUUUUGCCGAACAAUUUUACUUUCCCUUUUAUCCUAAAAGCAUGUUCGAGGCUCUUGGAUUUUGAACUGGGUUCAAAGAUUCAUUCCCUUGUAGUGAAAGCGGGUUUCGAUUAUGAUGUGUUUGUGAAUACUGGUUUAGUUUGUUUAUAUGCCAAAUGUGGGUAUUUCGAUUAUGCUUAUAGAGCGUUUGAUGAUAUUCCUGAGAAAAAUGUUGUUUCUUGGACUGCUAUAAUAAGUGGGUAUAUUAGUUUUGGUAGAUUGAGGGAAGCGAUUCAGAUGUUUCGGAGGUUGUUGGAGAUGAAUUUGAGGCCUGAUAGUUUCACUCUUGUUCGGGUUUUGUCUGCGUGUACUCAGUUAGGGGAUAUAUAUACUGGAGAGUGGCUACAUAGAUAUUUGAUGAGCAUUGGCAUGGAAAGGAAUGUCUUUGUGGGUACGUCUUUAGUGGACAUGUAUUCCAAAUUUGGAAACAUGGAGAGAGCUCGUAGCGUCUUUGAUGAGAUGCUGGAGAAGGAUAUAGUUUCUUGGAGUGCUAUGAUUCAGGGUUAUGCGUCAAAUGGGCAUCCGAAAGAAGCCUUAGACCUUUUUCAUAGAAUGCAAAAGGAGAAUUUGAAACCUGAUUGUUAUGCAUUGGUUGGAGUUUUUUCUGCUUGUGCAAGGUUAGGAGCGCUAGAAUUGGGAGAGUGGGCUAUUACUUUAGUGGAUAAAAAUGAGUUCCUGAGUAACCCUGUUUUGGCUGCAGCUUCAAUUGACAUGUUUGCAAAAUGUGGGAAGAUGGCUUCAGCUUGGGAAGUCUUCAAAGGGAUGAAGAAGAAAGACCUCGUGGUGUGGAAUGCUGCAAUAUCUGGGCUUGCUAUGAAUGGUCACGUCAAAGCUGCAUUUGGACUUUUUGGCCAAGUAGAGAAACUUGGGAUACAGCCUGAUGGGAACACUUUCAUAGGCCUCCUUUGUGGGUGUACUCAUUCGGGUCUUGUUGAUGAGGGUCGCCGAUAUUUUUAUAGCAUGACUCGUGUGUUUUCUUUGACUCCUACUAUAGAGCAUUAUGGAUGCCUGGUCGACCUUUUUGGCAGAGCUGGUUUAUUAGAUGAAGCCCAUCAGUUGAUAAAUAGUAUGCCAAUGCAGGCUAAUGCCAUUGUUUGGGGUGCCUUGUUAGGUGGAUGUAGGUUACAUCGAGAUACCCAGUUGGCUGAACAUGUAUUAAAGCAAUUGAUUGAGUUAGAACCUCGGAAUUCUGGAAAUUAUGUUCUCCUAUCUAAUCUUUACUCGGCUAAUCAUAAAUGGAAUGAUGCAGAGGAGAUUAGGUCAAUUAUGAAUGAGAGAAAGAUCCAGAAAAUUCCUGCAUAUAGUUGGAUAGAAGUAGAUGGGGUUGCUCAUGAGUUCCUUGUGGGAGAUACGUCCCAUCCUUUGUCAGAUAAGAUAUAUGCUAAGCUUAAUGAAUUGUCCAAGGAAUUGAAGGCAGCAGGCUAUGUUCCAACAACGGAAUUUGUACUCUUUGACAUUGAGGAGGAAGAGAAGGAGCACUUCAUUGGUGUUCAUAGUGAGAAACUGGCUAUUGCCUUUGGUCUAAUCAAUACCAAAUCAAGUGAUGUAAUCCGAGUAGUGAAAAACCUUCGAGUAUGUGGUGAUUGCCACAUGGCUAUUAAGCUCAUCACGAAGAUUACAGGUAGAGAGAUAAUUGUGCGGGACACUAACCGCUUCCAUUGUUUUAUUGAUGGGUCAUGUUCAUGUAAAGAUUACUGGUGA